AUGAUAAGGUUUAAAGAAUGUGUUUCUGCGAUUCAUGGUUUGAAUUUUACAAGUGGGUUGCAUCUAGAUGUUACUACUCGAUGGAAUUCUACGUACAUUAUGCUUGAAAGUACUAUCAAGUAUCGGAAGGCCUUUGAGUAUUUGAAGGCAACCAAUCAUGCUUAUAAGUAUUGUCUUUCAGUUGAUGAAUGGGGGAGAGCUGAAAGGAUAUGUGAAUUUUUAUUCUCCUUUUAUGAAACGACUAAUUUGAUUUCUGGCACAUCUUACCCUACUUUGAAUUUAUAUUUUUUACAAGUCUAUCAUAUUCAAUGUGUUUUGAUGGAAAGUUUGAGAAGUGAAGAUAAGCUUCUAAGGAGUAUGGGAGAAAAGAUGAUGAACAAAUUUAAGAAGUACUGGGAAAAGUAUAGUGUCAUUCUUGCAUUUGGUGCUAUUCUUGAUCUUAGGCUUAAGAUUUCUACUUUAGAGCUUAUGUAUGAAGAGAUUGAUGCUGAGACUGCAAAAGAGAAGGUGGAACAUGUGAAAAAGAAAUUAUACAAGUUUUUUAAAAAAUAUGACAAGAAUUCUCUUCCAACUGUUGAAGCACAAGGACCUAGUAUUCAAUCUUCAUCCAUGGCCCAUACCCCUGAAAGUGCAAGCAAGAAACGACUUGCGAUUAUUGGCAAAUUGAUGAAACGUAACCAUCAAGCUGAGGUCUCUAGUGGAAAGAAUCCACUUGAUACAUACUUGGAGGAGCCACUUUUGUCAAAUGAUUACUUUGAAGAUUUAGAUGUUUUGGAAUUAUGGAAAUUAUAUGAGAGUCGUUAUCCGAAGUUAUCAAUCAUGGCACGUGACUUAUUGAGUAUUCCAAUUACUACGGUUGCAUCAGAAUCUGUCUUUAGUAUUGGAGCUCAUGUCAUUAACAAAUAUAGAAGUCGAAUGCUGCCAGAAAAUGUUGAGGCUGGUGAACGUGAAGGUGAAGAUGUGAAUCCUCAAGGUGCUAGGCGAGACAGUGUUUCAACUUCCGGAUCAGAUUCAAAUUUUAUUGAUUUGGAAGUUGAUAAUUGA